AUUACUAAACUCCUUAUGGCGUCCAUGGCUGUCUCCGAUUCAUUGCUCGGCGCUUUCAUUAUGCCAAUGUUCGUCUUGGAAGUGAUUCACAAUGGAACGUGGAUCAUUGGACGGGAGCUAUGCAUCUUCAAAUAUUGCGUUGAUUAUCUACUGAGUGCAGUAUCAACCUUACACAUUCUGGCCAUGACCCUCGAUCGCUACCUCGCGGUCUGUCAUCCCCUAAAGUACAGACUUUUAACCAACAAGAACGCGUACAUCAUUUUAACCUUCACGUGGUUUAUUCCUGCCAGCUUCAUUGUGAGCUGGAUUUCCAUUGGAUUAGAACACUUAAGGUACUGCGUCUACAUACUGCCUUCAAACCCCCAGUGCAUGAUUCCCUCACAAAGUGGCACUGGAAAUCUGUGAAAUUUCCUCAUCAACACCAGGAACAGAAACAUUGCAAAUCCCAUCUACAUGCAUAGGAGCCAAAAUGAUCAAUAAAUUGAUCGUGGGCCCUUCAGAUAUAGAAGAAGAAGAAGACAUAAGACACGAGUGCAACAUGUACAACUUUUCACCCGAGUUUCUCACCGCAUUCGUCUGCAGCUUUGUAGUCCCUUUUAUUAUACUGUGCAUUCUUUAUUUUUGCAUUCUACGGAAACUGGCACACUACAAAAUAUCUUUGCAGAAACGCAUGUGCCAACAUCACAGAGCCUCUUCUCGCUUGCAUGCGCAGUCGGACCCUGCUGCCCUGCCCAGCGUGAAGUCAUCACACCAUAAUAUACAUAAUUUGCAAGGAAGUUUAAAUUUUGUAACCGCAGUGGAGGCUUCUCUUCCUAAUAUUUUUUAACAUUUCGAGUCUCGGAAACUCCACUCAAAUUUUCACACAGGUAAACGAAACAGAUUUUUCCGAUUUCAAAGAGAGCGCACCGAAUAGGAGAACUAAAAUGUUUCGCACUAUAGGCGCGGUGAUGAUAGGUUUCACCAUUUGUUGGCUGCCUUCGUGGACACUGGCCUUGAUUUUCUUAGUCAGGCGAUACGUAUUGCCAAACAGGUUUAUGGUGUCCAUUGCCUGGUUUGCCUACCUCAAUUAUGCCAUUAGUCCCGUCUUGUAUUGCUGUAACAGAUCAGUCCGAAAAUCUGUCAGAUCACUUCUAUGUCCACGAUCGAUGAUACAAUGA